AUGGGUGCGGAGAAAAGGAAGGUACACACCAUAUCAACGGUGGAAUACAGGAUUCGAUCGAUGAAAGAAAGAGAUUUACCAAAAGUAAAUGCAUUACUGGAUACCGAAAAGUGGAUCAUGGAGAAAGCAUACUUAGACUGUGCGUUUAAAACAGAUCCACGUGGUUUUGUUGUGGCUGAGAGCAAGAACGAAGAAAUCAUUGGUUUUGUUGGAACGCUGUCUCUCUCUAAAACACUUAAAGCUUUCGGAUUGUGGGUUGUCAGGGAGGACUUAAGAUCAACCGAUGUUGGGUCUCGACUUUUAGAAGAAAUCAACAUUUGUCCAGAAACGAAAAUCGGAGGAUUUCAUUUUCCGCACAUGCAAAGGACAUUUGAACUGUUUACAGGACCAAUGAGCCAAUCAUACACCACCUGGUACAAUUACGGGAAAAUUGAUAAAAACGUAUCCUUGGAAAAUCAGCAGAUAUUCCAAUCGAAGGAAUCCGCAGUAAUUCUUCCACUUCAGCACGUAUCGAUAUUAGAUGUGAUACAGUAUGAUACCCAAAUCCACAAAAUCCCACGAGAAUCCUACAUCACUAAUUGGAUUUCGCAUGCUAAUUCAAUGACAUACGUAGCAAUGAAAGAUGACGCAGUGUGUGGAUACGCUGUACUACGGACACAGGAUACCUACACCACAAUCGCACCACUUUAUGCGGACACCGAGUAUAUAGCAAACGAACUGUUUAUCAAGCUAACAAGUGAUGUUCCUGAUAAAGCUAUCAUCGGCUUUACUAGUCCCUUAGAAAAUAACGCUGCGACAAAACUUUCUGUGAGAAACAGAAUGAUGAAAAAAGGAAUGCCGAUGAUCAUGGUGUUUAAUCAGGAGCCGAUCACUGUUGAUAUUCAUCGAGUCUACGCCCUCGCUACAACUUCCCUGGGAUUGUGUUAA